AUGUCCACAUACGUCGAAUUUUUGCAAUCGGAUAUGAUUGAGCUGUGUGCCUCGGGCUCAACAUGUACAUUCAGAAUUCACCAGAAGCUCCUGCAAAAUAAAUGCAAGGCGGCAUCGGGGGCGUUUCGACAUAAGUUUCCAGAGGCAGAAUCAAAGCGCUACACCUUUUCUGAGACGGCGGACUUGACGAUAUCACAAUUCGUCGAGUGGGCAUACAAAGGAGAUUAUGACGAACCAGAUUUAUCUGCAGUGGAUAAAUGUCAAUGGAAACAGCACAAGCACAAGCAAGAAGCACCAGGGGCUGAAAUGACUAUAGCAACAAGUGAAGAUAAUGCGGAUGCAGAGGGAGUACUUAUGCAUCAUACGUUACUCUGUCACCUCCGAGUCUACAUCUUUGCGGAUACCUACUUGGUGUCGGGUCUGAGAACUUUGGCAUUUGAAAAGUUAACUGCCGGGCUCAUUGAAAUGGGGCUGCCGGGCACACUCAACGAGCAGCUGGCUGUGGUGGAUUGUUUAAAAGAAGCGUUCACUAGAGUGCCAGCCCGUGAUGACCUCUUAGAUUGGCUGGCACGAUAUGCGGCUUGGAGCUUGGACAGGUUGCGCCAAGUGACUCAAUUCCACGAUGUGCUGAAAGACAGGCCGGCUUUGGGCUCUUGCAUGAUGGAAACGUUGAAUCCAGCGACGGAAGCACCGUGGAAAGCAAAGGCAAGAAAGCUGCGUGUCCCAGCGUACAGUGCUCGUGAUGACUCGAUGUACGCUGAAGACGAACCUGUGUACGAAUAA